CUCCUCAAUUCACUCGUCGUUUCUUCACUGUUUGCUCUUCCCAGCACCUGUUUCAAGGGCCAAAGCCAAACACUCCUAGAACUGAGAUUCUUUUCCAUUCUUCAAUUGGGGGAAGGAAGGAAUCUGUUAGCCUUUCUCCACUAAUUCUUUACACACCCAAGGAAUUCAUAGCCAAACAUGGGUUUGAAGGGAUUUGUUGAAGGAGGCGUUGCUUCCAUUGUUGCCGGCUGCAGUACCCACCCCCUUGAUUUAAUCAAGGUCCGGAUGCAGCUUCAGGGCGAGCCUGCUGUUCAAUCUCUCCGCCCUGCUCUCGCCUUCCACACCGCCGCCUCCCACCACAUCCACCUCCCUCCUCCCCGCGUCGGGCCCGUCUCUGUUGGGCUACGGAUCAUCCAGCAGGAUGGCGCCGCUGCCCUCUUCUCUGGCGUCUCCGCCACCGUCCUCCGCCAGACCCUCUACUCCACCACCAGAAUGGGUCUCUACGACAUCCUCAAGACGAAAUGGACGGAUCCCAACACAAAUAACAUGUCGUUAAUGAGAAAAAUUACUGCGGGACUCAUUGCCGGAGGCGUUGGCGCCGCCGUGGGGAAUCCUGCGGACGUGGCGAUGGUCCGGAUGCAGGCCGACGGCCGUCUCCCCCCGGCUCAGCGCCGCAACUACAAGAGCGUGGUGGACGCAAUUACUCAGAUGAGCAAGAACGAGGGGAUCGGCAGUCUCUGGCGCGGAUCGUCCCUCACGGUGAACCGAGCGAUGCUGGUGACGGCGUCGCAGCUGGCGUCCUACGACCAGUUCAAGGAGAUGAUUCUGGAGAGGGAUCUGAUGAAGGACGGACUGGGGACCCACGUCACGGCCAGCUUCGCAGCGGGGUUCGUGGCGGCGGUGGCGUCGAACCCAGUGGACGUGAUCAAGACAAGAGUGAUGAACAUGAAGGUGGAGGCGGGGAUGGCGGCGCCGUACAGUGGGGCGGUGGACUGCGCGAUGAAGACGAUUAAGGCAGAGGGGCCAAUGGCGCUUUACAAGGGAUUCAUUCCCACCAUAUCAAGGCAGGGACCAUUCACAAUUGUGCUCUUCGUCACAUUGGAACAAGUUCGCAAAUUGUUCAAGGAUUUCUAGACGAUGAUGAUGACGAACAAUAACAACAACGGCAACAACAAUUUUGAUCAUUAUGUGAAUGUAAAUCUUAUUAAUUAGUCUUAAACAGUAACAAAUACUGUGUUUUAUGUUAUUCUUUGAAAAUUAUUAUUAUACUAAUACUUAAAGAAAAAUAUACCACAUAUUUCACACAA